UAUGUUGAUUUUCGUGUUGCCUUUAAUUUUGUGGAGCUCCUGUGCCUUCAGCCAGAUCCUAUAUCCUCCCCAGUACACAACAAACCGCAUAGUGGGCGGUGAGGAGGCCGCCGAGGGCGUGGCACCCUACCAGAUCUCCCUUCAAGGAGCCUCCAGCGGCUUGCAUUCCUGCGGGGGAGCCAUCAUUGAUGAACGAUGGGUCAUAACGGCAGCCCACUGUACCAGGGGCAAGGAGGCUUCAGCUUUUCGGAUCCUGACAGGCACUCAGGACUUGGACAAGAACGUCACCAAGUACUACUACCCGGACAGGAUAGUGGAGCACUGCAACUACGCGCCUCGGAAGUACAGAAACGAUAUAGCUCUGCUCCAUCUGAACGAAUCGAUUUUGUUUGAUGACUCCACCAAACCGGUAGAGCUGGAUCACGAGGCCUUGGUGCCAGGAUCGAAGCUCCUGCUGACCGGUUGGGGUACUCUCUCCUUGGGUGGGAAUGUGCCCAAUCGCCUCCAGAGCCUGGAGGUCACCUAUGUGCCCUACGAACAGUGUCGAGCGGCUCAUGACAAUAGCACUCGGGUGGACAUCGGCCAUGUUUGCACAUUCAACGAUAAAGGACGAGGUGCCUGUCACGGAGACUCGGGAGGUCCUUUGGUGCAUAAUAGAAAACUAGUGGCUCUUGUCAACUGGGGCAUGCCCUGUGCUCGUGGUUAUCCAGAUGCCCAUGCUUCCAUUUCCUACUACCAUGACUUUAUUCGCACUCACCUGAGUUCUUCUGAAACUGAUGGCUUAGAUGAAAACACCGAAGAAAUGGCCUCAAACAGGGCAAAAGGUCACUGUAAUUAAAUACUAGAUUCCUUCCAAUAGUUAGUCCAAGGCAGAAAUUAAAUGAAUCCCAAAAACCCUUAAAA